AUGAACAACGAAUUUUAAUCUCACUUAGGCAAAUAAUAAUUUAAGAUCUAAUCUUAUUUAAUGGGAAGAGUAUUAAAAGCAAAAAAAUUGAACAAUAGCUUUCUCUAUCAUAAUUAAAGGAUGAUAGCGUUACUCAAAACUGGAAUGCUUGUUUACUAUUCUAAAUGUUUCAAAUCUCCAUCAUAAAAUGCAGAUCUAAUUAAAUCAAAACCUAAAUAUGGAGUAUAUUUUAAUAAUGUUCAUCAUUCAUGUGUCAAAAUUUCAGACAAAGAGGUUGAAUUAAUUGUAAAGUUUAAAAAGUCUUAACUAUACAAUUUUGAUGAUAAUUUAUUUAGUUAUGUAAAAGAGCCUCGAUCCUAGGUUGUAGUUCUUUGGAUCUUUGUUAUUUAAAUAGAUUAAUAACUUCAAAAAUAAACUGGUGAUAUUAGUAAAGGACGUGACAGUUUAAAUUCUUUAUAUAACGGUCAAGUCUUUUGUUUUGAUGAAAAGACAUAAAAAAGUAAUUAGUAGGCAAAGACAGAGAAAACAUCAAUUGAAUAAAGAAUUAAUACAAAUGAUGUCAAAAUUAAAAAAAGAGUCCAUUGGCUUGAUAAUUUUACUUAAAAAUAAAUUAUGGUAAAAAACUCACAAUAAUUUUUCUCAGAAUAGAAAACUAAUAAUAUUGAUAAUAUUAAAUAAGUAUAAUAAGAAGAUGAAUGGGAAAUUAAUGAAGAAAAAACUGAUCUCACAAUCAAAAGUAUUUAAAUCAGAAUGGUUUCUUUAUCAUUAAAUGGAUCAAAUAAAAAUAAUAAAAUAGAGUGA